CGUUCACCGAUUCUAAUAUGGGCGACCCUUUUGGAAACGCAUGGAAACGCAACACUUGGGUUGACCCGAUUGACAGACUGGUUAUAUUCCAACAGGGUCUGAGACAAUAACAUUGUUGUGGUGAGAUGUGGUUGUUGUUGUCAUAACAUUGACCACGUUUGUCCCAGGCUGGUCCCGCCGUACCUUGUGAUCUCUGGUUAUCUUGAGAUGAUUUUGGGGCUUUAGUGUCCCCGCGGCCCGGUCCUCGACCAGGCCUCCACCCCCAGGAAGCAGCCCGUGACAGCUGACUAACAACCAGGUGCAGUUAUAAUCCUGGAACUAACAAGUGUUGGAGUUAUAUUAGAAUGUAACACAGGCAUCGAGUCAUGAACUGCAUAGCUUCCAGGAGAAAAUCUUAAAAGUUGAAGAAAAAACUCUCCAAAAGAAAGACCUAUGACAAAGCUGUAAAAGAGAAGUGAAGCAAUAUAAUACUACUGGUUGGUCUCUCUUUUUAUAUAUAUACUUCAUCAGGACUCCAGCAGUUCAAGAUUUAUAAAAUGGACAUGAAUUUAAAUAACCUGCUGAGCCAAUAUUUUGAUAAUCUGUUGGGUGACAAUGCAGUCAACUCUGAAGACAUUUCUUUAAAAAGUGAUGCAAAGAAAAUUAAAAGGAAAAAUAAACAUGAAAGCACAUUAAAAACAAAAUCAGAAGAGUCAUCACUUCCAACUCCAAAGAAAGAAAAGAGACAGAUGGUGAUUGAUUCAAAUGAAAAGAAAAGAACAGAAAAUAUGACUAUAUUAGAUUCUGUUAAAGAAGUAGAUAAUGGUAGGAGAAUUAAAAAGAAAAUGUCAAUAGGAAAGGAAAAGAAAGAGAGUUGUAAUACAUUCUCGGUCAAUGUUGAGAGAGCAUGUGAUACCCAGGAAAUGAAGAAUGAAAGUUCCGAUAAACCAGGACUGAAACCCACCAGAACUAGAGAGAAGGUAACCGAGGAUGGCUAUAAAGUUGUCUCGUCUAUCCCCAAGGAUGACUCUGAUGUAUCUGAUGCCUUUGAGUAUGACAGUGAUGAUGACGAAUUGUCAGCAGUAAAUGUUAGCCAUGAUUUUGAUAAAAAAACCCAAGAUGCUUUAAGAGUACCAAGAAAAACUAGCGAUGGAUUCAAAAUAGUUACGGAAAUUCCAUCAGAUGACAGUGAUGUUAGUGAUGCAUUUUGUGAAGAAGACUGUGUAGAUGCAGAACUAGAUUUGCCGACAAGAGGAUGCCAGUUAAAGGACAAGAGAACUUUUAAAAAGCCUAUUCUUCAAUUGAUGGAUGAUUUUGGUUUUGAUGACAGUAUUCUUUUUGAGAAACGAGAUACUCCAAGAGUUACAAGCACAUUAACAAAAAAGUCUAAAUCCAAGAAAGGAAAUUCACACACCUUGGCUCAAGCUGCCAGGAAAAAUCAGAAGGAAGUGGUGAUAUUGGACUAUACUAUUAAAAGAGGUUCAUGCAGAAAAAAGCCUGUAUCUAAUGAAGAUGAUGAUGAUAUUGGGGAAAAGCGCGAACUUCCCUCGGAGGCUGUUAUGGACGAGAAGGAGCUAAAAAGAGCUAGGUAUGAUGUCUUCAAGCUGGGCAUGAGUGGUUUUCACAAAGAAAAGAAACAAGACACAAGAAUUGAACUUGCCAUAAAACUUGGAGCUAAACCACCCAAAAAUAAGGCUGUGAGUUAUAAGGACCUACUUAUUAUGAAGAAACAAGAAAAACAAAAGAUGUCAGAGGAAUUGAGCAUGAAGCAGAAGAUGGGACAUAAGGUGACUAAGCCUAUGAAAAACAAGUUAAAGGACGGCAAGAAAGUUAAGGGGCUUUCUUCACAAAUCGGCACCUUCAGAGAUGGCGUACAGGUGUUAUCCAAGAAAGACAUAGCCAAAAUUAAUGCAUCAUGAUGGAAAUUUAUUUAAAUAAAUGUGCAAGAUA